GGAGUUUUCACAAAAAUGGUGCCACCUACUCUCUGUAGACUGUACUGUUUUCUUAUACAGUGACCGUCGUCUUCAAUGGUAAAACACCUAGAGAGAGAAAGAAGAAGCAACAAUCGAAUUUUCUAGGUUAUUCUUCAGUAUCACGAUCAACACCAAGAUCCACCACACACUCAAUUCUCUUCUCUCUCUCUCUCUCUCUCUCUCUCUCUCUCUCUCUAAUUAAUUCCAUUUCAACACUCUCUACUUGUGCACGCGCUUCACCAAAUACCUCAACGAGGUUCUUGUGACCUUUCCAGAAGGAGAAUACUUUAUUUCAACACAAUUCGUAAAUUGAGGGUUGUAAUUUCAGAUUUUUGUUUCGUAUGGUGAUAAGAAUCAGGAGAGCUAACAGCAGCAAACUCAUGUCUAGAAAUUCCUUUCCAUUUCUAGCCAGGUUCUCUCCAGCCUUGUCUUGAAGAUAGAAAAAAUAAAAAAAGGCAUCAAAAUGAAGAUGAGGAACAACAAAUACAGGAAACCAACUAGUUUACGUUGCAAUGCAGGGAGCAGAUGCUCGACUCCCGUUGCUGUGUGGGCCCUAGUUGGAUUCCUUAUCGUGCUUCAAUUAUGGAACUUAAUUUCUCACACAAACAUACAAAGUAAACACGCACACCACAGCAGUAUGAUUCACCACCCUCUAUUACGCGAGCUGCAAGUGGUGGAGGAGGAAAAUAUACAAAUGCCGCCGCCGAGGCGGCGAUCUCCACGUGCCGCCAAGAGGAAGCCCAAGCGUGCCACUACCUUGGUCGACGAAUUUCUUGAUGAGAAUUCCCAAAUAAGGCACGUAUUCUUUCCUAGUGCGAAAAUGGCUGUGGACCCCACGAAGGAUAAUGGCAACGAUAGUUUUUAUUAUUAUCCGGGAAGAGUGUGGUUGGACACUGAAGGGAAUCCAAUUCAAGCACAUGGUGGUGGCAUCCUGUAUGAUGAACGAUCCGAGACUUAUUAUUGGUAUGGGGAGUAUAAAGAUGGCCCCACUUACCAUGCUCACAAAAAAGGAGCGGCACGGGUUGAUGUCAUCGGAGUUGGCUGCUAUUCCUCAAAGGAUCUAUGGACAUGGAAAAACGAGGGCAUCGUUUUAGCAGCAGAACCAGAAAACGAAGCCCACGACCUCCACAAGUCAAACAUCCUCGAACGCCCCAAAGUAAUCUACAACUCCAAAACCGCAAAAUAUGUAAUGUGGAUGCACAUCGACGACACCAACUACACCAAAGCCUCCGUGGGGGUCGCCACAUCAUCCACCCCCGUGGGCCCCUUCACCUACCUCCACAGCAAGCGGCCCCACAAUUCCGACAGCCGCGACAUGACCAUCUUCAAAGACGAUGACAACACCGCUUACAUCAUCUACUCGUCCGACGACAACAGCGAGCUCCAUAUCGGGCCACUCGAUAAAGAUUACCUCGACGUGACAGGUGUCGUCAGAAGAGUGCUCGUAGGGCAGCACAGGGAGGCGCCAGCUGUCUUCAAGUAUGACGGGACUUAUUACAUGAUUACCUCCGGGUGUACCGGGUGGGCCCCAAACGAGGCGCGGGCCCACGCGGCGGAAUCGAUGAUGGGGAAUUGGGAGACGAUGGGGGACCCGUGUGUGGUCGGUGGGAACAGUAAGGUGUUUAGGUUUGCUACGUUUUUUAGUCAGGGGAGUUUUGUGGUGCCGGUGUUUGGGUUUGAAGGGCUGUUUGUGUUUAUGGCGGAUAGGUGGAAUCCGGCGGAUUUGAGGGAUUCGAGGUAUGUGUGGCUGCCGUUGAUUGUUGGGGGAGCGGUUGAUCGGCCGUUGGAUUAUAGUUUUGGGUUCCCUUUGUGGUCUAGAGUUUCCAUUUAUUGGCAUAGAAGAUGGAGGCUUCCACCACAGUGGAAUGGGAAUAUUGUCUGAAGAAGGUUUUGAGAUGUUAAUUCUUUGUUAAAGAAAAAAGUUUUUUUUUUUAUACUGUUUUUGAUGCUUUCAUGCACUGUUACAUAACGAUGAUUUUUUUAGGUCUAAUGCUUACAGAUAUAGUUGUAUAUUGUCCAUCAAGCAAUUGACUUGUGGUUUUUCAUAAACAAAAUCAGGAGUUUCUUGACCCGAAUUCUGUAUAUAAAGUGUGAGUUGUUGCUGCA